GAGCGGUUGUGUUGGACGGGGUAUUUCUCUGAACUGAGACGUGCUGUUAAUGUGAACUGGACCUGCAUUUACACACUACCGCUGAUAUGGAGCCCAGACAACAGGAGCUGUACUCUAGCGUACUGACUCCUGAAGCAAUAGUAGACUGGGAAGACAGAGAAACUUUCCAUGCAGGUUUGUUGGACAAAGAGCCUCUAAAGGAAGUGGACGAGGAUAUGGUGUCAGAGGUGGAUCUCACCAACACUAUCACAGAAGAGGAGCGAGAGGAAAUGGAGAAUGAGCUGAUUAAGUUAGAUGAAGAAAUCACUACUUUGAAACAAGUCCUGGCCUCCAAAGAAAAGCGUCACUUGGAGCUGAAACAGAAACUAGGGAUCACACCCCUGAGUGAACUGCGACAGAACUUCUCCAAGAGCUGGUAUGACAUGCAGACCACCACAGCAUACAAAAAGACAUCUGAGACCCUGACCACGGCAGGACAGCGGACCUCAGUGGCCUUCAGUAACCUGGGCAAUGCCAUCACCAGGAAGUUCGGCGAUGUGAGGUCAUAUUCUCUUGGCUAUUCUAUACGGCAUUCAAUGAGCAUGCCUACAAUGAGGAACUCGCCUAGCUUCAAGUCCUUUGAGGAGAAAGUCGAAAGCACAGUUUCAAACAUUAAGUCAAAGGUUGGAGGAACAGGAGGGGCGGGCAGUUUUGAAGAUGUCCUGUCUUCAGCAGCCCAAGCCAGCGCCCAGGACACCCCUACUAAUAAUGUGACCGAGAACAGUGAGCGCUAAGGGUUUCAGUGGUCAACCAGUGGAACUCUGAUGACCCCUAGUGGUUUGGAGACCACAGUGAAAGUUGCACCAGGGGCCCCAAAAAACGAGAAGGGUAUAACUGCAGCCUGGAGAUCUCCUAAAAGGGGCGGGAACUCCAAAACAGGGUGGGACCUCCAAAAUAGGGCGUGGCUUCCUCCCAUUGAGAGACAGGUGCAUGACAUGCAUGCACAAUUUUUCCACCAAUCCACUUUAGUGCAAACUCCGCCCCAAAGCUGAUUCUGAAGUUUUUAUUGGAUGUGUCUGUUAAAGUGUUUCCUAAACUAUGCAACAAAAAAGCUAACCCCUAAAUCUACCCCACACCUUACCUUAACCAGUGAAAUUGACUGAAUGGCGGGAUUGGUGCUGAAUAGCGUGGUAAAGAAAGUUUCAGUUCAGGAAAUGAACAGUUAAUAAGAUUAUGCGAUAUGAGACUCACCGGACUAUGGCAGAGGUUCAAACUUGGGAGCAAACACCGAUGGUAACGAGCUUUGGGCUCUGCUCUAGUGGAGAAUAUUUAUUUAUAUAGCAUAUUUUAUUUUAGAUGAACUAGAAACAAUGUUUAUCUUAUAAAGUUUUUAAAAAAAAAUGUAAGUCAGUAACCAUUGGCUGAAGCCACAGCCAAUGGUGAAAUUCUUUGCGAAAGGAGACCCCGCCCCAUUUUAGAGGUUCUGCCCAAUUUUGGAGUUCACGUCCCAUUUUGGAGAUCUCCGGUCUGCCGUUAUAUCCACUUGAAAAAAACAGUAAUACAUGCCUUUCAAAUGCGUGUUGGUGGAUUAUCUGUGCACGGAAGGAAAACAACCAAGUGGAGCCUGUUUAUUCUUUAAGUUCUUUUCAAAAUAUGUAUAGUUUUUCAAGGAUAUUAUCUUUGGUGUAGUCCUGCGUUACUUUAUUAUUUAUACUAACUCAACAUUGUUUAACUGUAACAAAGCAUGAUAUAUUUCCUGGACCAAAAAUAAUGGCUGCAUAUACAAUCCCUAAAAGAAGUGCUUGAAAGAAUGUUCAACAAAAUAGACGUUAGAUUUUGUUUUCCUGUUAUAAAUGUGUUAAUGCUCCUAUUCCUGCUAACUAGAGCAUGUUUGUUGAUAACAGCCUGAUGUAAGUUGUAAUGUAUUGGUAAUGAUAAUUGCCAGUGACCAAAAAUGUAUAGAAUUAUUAUAUCCUGUUUUUUUCUUUACUUCAUACGUUUGUGUGAAAUUGGUUGCAGCUUUACAUAUUUAACAUUGACAAUGAAGUCAGGAGUUGUUUUAAAAUUUUAUAGACAAAAUAUUGCUUCAAAUUCAUACUCUGUGUUGAGCUGCCGUUCAUUAAUAUUGUUGGUCAUUAAAGGUUUUUUUUUUUUUUUUGCAAAGUCAAAGUCCCGGCUCAUCAGUCAUGAAAUUAAGGUGAACUGAACCAUAAUCAGAAACCAUAAAAUUAACAUUAACUUUACUGUUCCUUUUUAAGUAAAAGGGUAAAGUGUGGCAAAGUCUUUGCAAAAAUGUUUUGACAUUUGAGUUGUUAAUAAAAUCAUUUUUGUAA